UCAUUCAAGUUCAAGGUCCGUGCGUCAAACGAUGCUCACGUGGCCCUGCUUCAGGAAGAUGGAGUAACCAAUCGGAACAUAUACGAGAUUGUGAUUGGCGGAUGGGGAAACACCCAAUCAGUGAUCAGAACAGGCAUGCAGCAUGAUAACAGGGUGACAGCUGGUCACGGGCCAUUGAGUGCAAGUCACUUCCGUGACUUCUGGAUUUCUUGGGAUAGCGGUGUGAUCUCUGUUGGAACUGGCACGGCUGUUGGAGUUGGGAGCUUCAUGUCGUGGACAGAUUCCGCCCCUUCCCCCGUCAGGUACAUCGCUGUGUCGACUGGAUGGGGGUCAACGGGUGUGUGGCGGUUUGCUCCGACUUCCGAUGUCUCACUCACGACGAACACAGAUUACCAAUACCAGUCUCUGCACAGUCUGGGUGUGGAUGUGGCGUCUAGAGCCACGUCCUUCACGUUCAAGGUCCGUGCGUCAAACGAUGCUCACGUGGCCCUGCUACAGGAUGAAGGAGUAACCGAUCGGAACAUAUACGAGGUUGUGAUUGGUGGAUGGGGUAACACCCAAUCAGUGAUCAGGACAGGCAUGCAGCACGCCAACAGGGUGACAGCUCGCCACCGACCACUGAACGGCACUCAGUUCCGUGACUUCUGGAUUUCUUGGGAGGAUGGCGUGAUCUCUGUUGGAACCGGGAAGGUUGUUGGCGUUGGGAUGUUCAUGUCGUGGACAGACCCUCCCCUCACCCCGUCAGGUACAUCGCUGUGUCUACUGGGUGGAGGGCAACGGGUCUGUGGAGAGCGCAUACUCCCAUUGGCUUGCCUUGCAACGGGCAACGACUACCACUACCAUUCCCUCGAUGAUCUGGGCUUUCACCUCAACGAACAAACAGCCUUCACCUUCUGGGUAAAGACCACCAAAGACGCUCACAUCGCCUUGCUUAGCAACAGAGACAACUACGAUUAUAGCAUGUUCGAAAUAGUCAUAGGAGGCUGGGGAAACACCAUGUCCGUCAUCAGAAACAGGAAGCAAGGACCAAAUCUUGCUUCUGUGCGCCACACACCGCUUUCUGGAAGCAAGCACCUGCCAUUCUGGAUAAGCUUCAGCGCUGAUACUAUCGCCAGCCAGUUGAUCCACAAAACAACAGGACCCUUCACAGCUGUUGCAAGAAUGGGAAGAAUACCUGGUUCAACUUCAACCUAA